AUGAGUGGACGUGUCCAGAAGAGUCUCUUCUUCCUGGGUCUCCCAGAGCUGCAGCAGCUGCUGAGCUUCAGCCUGACGCUGCAGCAGCUGCAGCAGGAGGAGCUGCGGAGCCGACAGCUCAAGUGCUGCAGGGCUCUGCUGCUGCUCUACGCUGACGUCCUAGCUUGUCCUGCGCUGGACUCCUUCACUGACAUCACCGUGGUCGUGGCCGUGCAGUUCUACCAGAAGGGCGUCCUUCAGGCGAUGGCUCAGAGACAAGGACUCCAGCUGGGUUCUCCCCGGACUCCGUUACCAGGAGACCUCCAGCGCUGCGUCUCCUUCUCCCUGAUCAGCCGAUUGGCUCCAAGCUGGAACAAAGUGGGACUCCACCUGGUCUGUGGUCCAGAUUUCCUGACCCAGCAUGGGAGACUCCCGGCCGUCGCGCUGGAGCUCAGCGCCACCGAGGGCCAGCUGUGUCUGAGCGUUGAGACCGGUACCGUCCGACUCCCCCCCACCACGCUGGAGGACUUUGAGCUCCCCCCCACGGUCCUGCGGAGGUUCUGCAGCGACCCGGACUGUGUCCUGGACCCGUCCUCCACCGGCGGACCCGUCUGGUGCCACGUGCUGCCCAGCAUGAAGAAGGGCCAGAUCGUCAGCAUCAGCCGCCGGCUCUCCGGAGACGGACCGUUCCGGACCUACAGGGACCUGCAGAACCACUGGAACCUGCUGUACGGCUAUCGGCUCCCGCGGCUCCCGGAGGACGAGGUGAUUUACUGCAGCGUCUUCUUCCGCCCGCUGGGGGGACGACUCUUCACAUACCCGCUGAGCUGCCUCCGCCUGCAGCCGCUGCAGCGCUGCCCCCCCCCUGGGGGCCCCCAGGGGCCCCAGGCCGGGCCCCCCCCCUGCUUCCUGGCCCUGCUCCGGGACCAGCUGCAGAACCUGUGUGGAUUCCCUGCAGGCCUGAGCAGCCGAGCCCAGUACCAGACGCUGGAGCUGAGACCGGCGGGGGUGCAGGUGGGAAACGGUGAGCAGAUCAACCUGACCACCUGCAUGCCCCCGCCUCUCCGCCCCGGGCAGCCUUGGACCCCCGCCGUGGCCCAACCCCCCCCAAGGCUGGCCCCGCCCCCCACCGUGGCCCCGUGGAACGGAGCUGGUCCUGGUACCACGCCGACUCCACCUCCAUCCAGCUACCAGUCCUCCUCCUCCUCCUCCUUCUCCUCCUCUUCCCUCCCAGUCUUCCGGCUGACGCCCCCUCCCCCGGGUCCGGCCCCGCCCCCCCCAGGUCUGGCCCCGCCCUCCCCGGAGGGGCCCCCCCUCUUCAGGAGCAGGAGCCCCUGGCGCCGCCUGAACACGGCCCUGCUGAGGGCCCAGAACCAGCCAGAGAGGAAGAGGGUGACCCUGCCGUCCUUCAGGAGGAAGAGCCCGUCCUCCUCUUCCUUCCUGCCCUCCCUCGCUCCUCCCCCUCCCCCUCCUCCUCCUCCUCCUCCGAGGUUCAUCCCUCGCUUCCCCCCCCGGCCCAGACCCGGCAGCGGCCCGGCCCCUCAGCCGGCCCCUCAGCCGGCCCCUCAGCCGGCCCCCAGGGUGACCCACAUCUCCAGCCUCAAUCCUCCGUCCAGGUCCAGGCCGGCACCCGUCCUGGCCCCCGUCCUGGCCCCCGUCCUGGCCCCCGUCCGGGCCCCCAGACCCGGGUCCAGCACCAAGACCCCCAAGACCAGCAAGACCAGCUCCCACGGAGUCCCCGUCCCCGGCUCCAGGGCCCGACCUCCGACCCCGGCUGACGUCCCUGGCCUGCAGAAAGAAACUGCCCUCAAGCCGAAGUCCAGGAGCUGCAGAACUGAAGACCCGGACGUGGAGAAGAUGGUCCGAAGCAACCAGGUCUCCCGGCUGAACUCGUCCUCCCUCCUGCUGUGGUUGAGGAACCGGGGCGUCUCCGUCGGGGCCAAAACCCGGAAGGAGGAGCUGCUGAGGAAGGUGCAGAGCUGCCUGGCCGAACCCUGA